AUGCUGGAUCCCUGGUUGAUUAGUGUGAGACCUCACCCCAUUUUGCUGCAUGCUGCCUUGCAAGGAGCAUUAGCUUGGAGCAAGCAGCUGGGCACAGCAGACCUAGACCACCUCUACGGCAUGGAGGUGGACGAUUCAGGCGAUGUUGUGUUGGCCGGGAAGACCUGGGGCUCCUUUCCGGGCAUGAAGAAUGCAGGAGACUCCGACCUCUUCCUGGGCAAGGUGGGGCGAAAAGUUCGGGCAGAGUUCCGGGGCGGACUUCUGGCCGAGGUGUCUGGCGCCGACGGCUCCCAGAGCUGGUUGGUGCAGAAGGGAACGGAUGCCGCGGAUGGGGUGACCAAGCUGCAGGUCAUGGGCAAGGACGUCUUCUUGGCCGGAUUUACAGCGGGAGACAUGGACGGCCACUUAAGCGACGGACAGGAGGACGUGGUGGUGAUGAAGUUCACUGGUAGCGGGGACUGGCAGUGGACCACGCAGAGUGGGUCGGUGGGCUCGGAUGCCGUGACUUCUAUGCAAGUCGACAAAUCCGGCGUGGUCUACGUGGCAGGAGACACCUUGGACGCCAGGAAGCACUCAGGGGUCGGCGACAUCUUCUUGCAGAAGUACGCCGAGCUUUGGGACAGCCAUGCCUGGUCCCUCUGGGAGAUGCGCCAUAAGGCCUGGCAGGAAGGCCACCCGGCCAAGAUCCCUGCGAGCCAUGGCUUGGGUGAUUGGUCCUUCGCGGCGGCUGCCAGCCACCAGGUGCACGCGGCGUCCUCUCCACUGGUCUUCACCACUGAGGCGCGGUCCAUGAGGCUGGGCAAUGCCUUCGUGAAGAAGGGCGGCCUGGCAGACCUGCCAGCCGUCUCCACCGGCAGCAGCGUCUUGGUGGCAGAUCCUAUCUUCCCCGUGGGCGAGGCAGGCGAGACGUCUAUCGCCGUGCAUCCCGGCUGCCCCGGCGAAUCGGAGCCUUUCCUUGUCGUGAAGUUCGUGGCCCACACUGCGGCCACGGUCACGGGCCUCCUCCGCCCGCUCGGAGUGGCUCGCUGUGGUGGCAUUGAGCUCUGGGUCUACAAGAACUCCAACGAGGAAGCUCACAGGACUCAGGCGACCAUGAAUACCGACAACCCUUACGUCCUGCCCAGUAUGGAUGUUCAGAUGGGAGACGAGGUUGCCGUCGUCAUCGGACCCGGUGACUCAUGCCGAUGCGACCAUGCGGCCUUGUCCAUGAAGCUGGAGAAGCCCUUGUGA